UCAUGGCGACCGAAGAGAGUAAACAAAACAUAAACAAUGAAAACACUGACAUAAAUGAUACCGACGACGACGAUGAUGUCUUUCACUUUGAGACAGAGCACCUGGCGCUGCGUGGUAAUCAAUGUUAUACAAACUUGUUGCGCACAAUUGCCAUGUUACAGGCGCAGCGAAUACGAGUGCAUCAGCAGAUCGACGAGCUGGAGCAAGCACGCAGUUUAUACUUGGAACAGCCACAACUUUUGUUAGAUAGACUGCGUAACAAUGAGCCCAUAAUUUCUGACAAUUUAAUAACUACUGUCAAGAUACCGGAGCUGCCAACGCUAAAAAUGCUGGAUAAUGAAAUAAAAACUGAAGAACCUACAACAGCAAAACCAGCCGCCAGCAGUGAAGAAAAGGAGUCAAAGGAUGUGAGCAAACCUAGAAGCCAUUUGUGGACCAACGAUGAGCAACGUCGCCUAGAGCAGUUGCUGAUUGAGUACCCACCCGAAGAGGUAGAAAUGCGACGCUUUGGCAAAAUAGCCAAGGCGCUGGGAAAUCGCACGCCGCAACAAGUCUUCAGUCGUGUGCAAAAGUAUUUCCAAAAACUACACGAUGCCGGCAUGCCAGUGCCUGGACGCUUACCCAAGUACAGGCGUGCGGGCACGCUAACUAGACCCAAGUUUAGCAUGCGGCGUUCCACAUUCUUUCCGGCACAGAAUAUAGAAUUUCAAAUGCCCGAGGAUGACUAUGGACUGGAUGAACUAGUGCCAGUAGCGCCUUCACCGCCAGCUAUUAAAGUUGAAGCAGCCGAUGAUGAGACAGAUGCGAAACGCAAAAAGCAGCUGGUAGUGAAAAUAUUGACAGCUAUAAGGGAUGAGAAGCUGCUCAGCGAAGAUGGCUACAAUCCUGAUCCACUGGCACCCAGGUGUGCCGAGUGCGAGGAGUCGGCAAUAACACGCUCACGCUGGCGCUGCAAUAGUUGCUAUUGCUAUCUGAAUCUAUGCGGUGAUUGUCUGGCAGAUCAAUUGUUAACCGAACGCUUUGAACACUUAUCUCAUGAUGUGACUGUAGAGCAGGAGCCAUAAUCGGCAGCUAGUAUUAUAUUACGAAACUACUACAGACUUAAGAUAUAAAUGUAAUAUAUGUGCCAAACCGCCCACUUCGCAAGUCCACAAAAAGGACAAAUAAUGUUAGAUAUGAAUAAUAAGAAACUCUUGUAUCUAUACAUUUAUAGUUAUAUAUUUACGGCUUAUGAAAACCGUCAUUGUAACGCUUUAAAGUUGAUCAAACCUAUUUACAUAUAUAUGUAUAUUGAAAAUUUAAUAUGUAUAAUUGUAUUACUGCACACAUGUUGCUUAACUAUAAACCCCAAGUAGCCAACAUUGGAAUUAUUUAUAGAUUAACACUGAAAUUAGUGAAAAUUGCAAUAGCUCGACUAUUGCCAAAAUGGAAUUACGGGAAAACACACACAUAUAUAUAAUUGACAUUUUAACUAUAAAUCUUUGGCU